AUGAAAGCCGAGUCACUAGGUUGUAAUUGCGAAGCGGAGUGGGAGGCGGACGUUUCCUGGUGCGAACUUAAUAAACAUGGAUUUGCAAUAAUCGCAGAGGUGGAAAUCGAGUACCGAAGGCUGGGCGAGAAACGCGAUAACUCUUACAUCGAAGUCAACGCAUUUAUUGAGAGAGCUAUCAAGUCAGGCGAGUCACUUGGACGUGUUCCCCCGAGGAAGCCAAUAAGACUUCAGCUGCAGUUCACACCGCCAUGCACAUUGGAUUUGACAUCUUAUUAUCGACCUGGAGCCCUUCUUUCGGUUGGAGGCAAACUUGAAGCGAAUGUCCUUUCCGUUACUGAGUGCAAUUAUGAAAAGUGGAAGAUUUUCGCAAACAAGGAUAUAGCAGAGAAAUGGAACAGGCCUACCAUGGCGCCUGUCUGCAAACAACUCUUGGAAGAGGAAGGAAAAAGGAGAGCCAGUCCUUUUUACUGUAAAUGGCGCUGGACACCGCAAUUUGCUUGGUGCACUCUUGGUCAUACAGAUAUCGAGAUUUCUGCUACGCUUGCUAAGUCCAGUCUAAUACCUUGCGCUUAUCCGUUAGUUGGCAUCUAUCGGCUCGUACUUGCGCUAUUACUAGCGCAGCCAGUAAUAGUCGCACAAAUAAAGUUGGAAGAAAAGUUUUUGCCGCGCCGCAACGACAGCAAAAGCUAUUUCUUACAAGCAAAAGUAAAGAUUACAGCAGUUUACAAAUGGGGCAAGAAAUUUCCAGAAAGGCAAAAGGAGAAGAUUUUGGAAUGGGAUCCACUACCUCUUCGGCUGCGUUUCCUCGAGGAAUGUCAUCCGCGUUUUCCAACUGUUCAUGGUCACCAUAUUGUUAAAGGCGAGUUAUACCAAAUUUUUGAACAUGUGUAG